AUGGCUCCUGUCCUCGCGUCUGAUCCAGACUCGCAGCCUGAUACUCCCAUGACUGAUACAAAUGACGACACGGUCCCUUCGGUGCCCGUGGAUAGUGCCGACGCGCAAAUGACUGACUCUGACACAAAUCCCAACACCACUGCAAGCAGCGUUGCGGGCGACGCCGCGGCCGAUGGACGUAGGCGCAGAUCUGAGGCCAACCACCUCAGAAAAAGCAUCCUAGGCAAGAAGCAUGGCCGCCUCGAUAAUACGAAGGAGGAUGAUUCGAUUCGCCGAUUCCGAUACCUUCUCGGUCUCACUGACCUCUUUCGCCACUUCAUCGAGACGAAUCCAAACCCUGAAAUCAAAGGGAUUAUGGCAGAAAUCGACCGACAAAAUGCGGAGACAGAGGAAAAGGCCCGCAAGGGCUCUAAGCGCACUGGGGGUGCUGGUAGUGAGCGGCGCCGCAGGACCGAACAAGAAGAAGACGCCGAGCUGCUACAGGAUGAGAAGCAGGGCGGCGAUAGCACCACCGUAUUCCGAGAGUCACCAGCAUUUAUCCACGGUGAGCUACGUGAUUACCAGGUCGCAGGCUUGAACUGGCUCGUUUCGCUACACGAGAACGGUAUCUCCGGUAUCCUGGCCGAUGAGAUGGGUCUCGGCAAGACCCUACAGACGAUUUCGUUCCUGGGAUAUCUACGUUACAUUCGUGAUAUUAACGGGCCUCAUUUGGUCGUCGUACCGAAGUCAACCCUGGACAACUGGAAGCGAGAGUUCGCAAAGUGGACCCCCGAUAUCGAUGUCCUGGUACUCCAAGGUAACAAAGAAGAACGACAACAGUUGAUCAAUGAGCGCUUAGUCGAGGAGGAGUUCGAUGUUUGUAUCACCAGUUAUGAAAUGAUCCUCCGCGAGAAGUCGCACCUGAAGAAGUUUGCCUGGGAAUACAUUAUCAUCGACGAGGCCCAUCGGAUCAAAAACGAAGAAUCAUCGUUGUCCCAGAUCAUCCGUCUUUUCAACUCCCGCAAUCGGUUGCUAAUUACCGGUACUCCGCUACAAAACAAUCUGCAUGAACUGUGGGCCUUGCUCAACUUCCUUCUCCCAGAUGUCUUCGGCGAUUCCGAGGCAUUUGACCAGUGGUUCUCAAACCAGGAGUCCGACCAAGACACCGUGGUACAGCAACUCCAUCGUGUUCUCCGCCCUUUCUUGCUUCGGCGUGUGAAGAGUGACGUCGAGAAGAGUUUGCUACCGAAGAAGGAACUAAACCUCUAUGUCCCAAUGUCUGAAAUGCAACGGAGGUGGUACCAGAAAAUUCUGGAGAAAGAUAUUGACGCCGUCAAUGGCGCCGCUGGGAAGCGCGAGUCCAAGACCCGCCUGUUGAACAUUGUUAUGCAGCUGCGGAAGUGUUGCAAUCAUCCCUACCUGUUCGAGGGAGCUGAACCAGGCCCUCCGUAUACCACCGACGAACAUCUUGUUUUCAAUUCUGGAAAGAUGGCCAUUCUGGACAAACUUCUGAAGCGCAUGCAAGCGGAUGGUAGUCGUGUGCUCAUCUUCUCUCAGAUGAGUCGUGUACUGGAUAUCUUGGAAGAUUACUGUUGUUUCCGAGACUACAACUACUGCCGUAUCGAUGGUACCACGGCGCACGAGGACCGCAUUGCUGCCAUUGAUGACUACAACAAACCCGGAUCCGACAAAUUCGUUUUCCUUCUCACCACCAGAGCUGGUGGUCUGGGUAUCAACUUGACCUCAGCUGAUAUCGUCGUCCUCUUCGACAGUGACUGGAACCCGCAAGCUGAUUUGCAAGCCAUGGACCGAGCUCACCGCAUUGGUCAAACUAAGCAGGUUAAAGUUUUCCGAUUCAUCACAGAGAACGCCAUUGAAGAGAAGGUUCUGGAGCGAGCAGCUCAGAAACUGCGUCUGGAUCAGCUUGUCAUUCAACAAGGUCGUGCUGGACAACAGGCCAGCAAAGCAUCUUCAAAAGAGGACCUCCUUGGUAUGAUUCAGCACGGUGCUGCCGACGUCUUCAACACCAAGGGUGGGGAUGGACACGAUGUAGCCGAAGAUGAAGAUAUCGAGACUAUCCUGCGUAAAGGCGAAGAACGAACUGCAGAGCUCAGCAAGAAGUACGAGACCCUCGGCAUUGAUGACUUGCAGAAGUUCUCCUCUGAGAGUGCGUAUGAAUGGAACGGCAAAGAUUUCACUGAGCGGAAGAAGGAUAUUGGCAUCAGUUGGAUCAACCCAGCCAAGCGUGAGCGCAAAGAGCAAUUUUAUUCCAUCGACAAAUACUACCGCCAAGCGUUGGCCACUGGAGGCCGAACCGCCGAUACAAAGCCCAAGGUCCCACGUGCUCCUAAACAAAUCACUGUCCAUGACUGGCAAUUCUUCCCUCCUGGUCUUCACGAGCUCCAAGAGAAGGAGACUGCCUACUUCCACAAGGAAAUUGGUUACAAGGCUCAAUUGCCUGAAGGUCCCGAAGAGGAGCUCAGUGAGCGAGAGGCUGAGCGUGACCUUGAACAACAGGAGAUUGACAACUCUGUGCCUCUUACUGAGGAGGAGCAAGCCGAGAAAGCUCGUAUGUCAGAAGAAGGGUUUGCUACCUGGAACCGACGUGACUUCCAGCAAUUUAUCAACGGAUCUGCCAAGUUCGGUCGCACCGACUACAAGGGUAUUGCUACCGAGGUGGACAGCAAGGAGCCCAAUGAGAUUAAGGAAUAUGCCGAAGUCUUCUGGCGCCGAUAUACCGAGAUUCAGGACUAUCCUAAGUACCUCCGAGUCAUCGAUCAGGGUGAGGAGAAGGUGCGAAAGAUAGAUCACCAGCGGAAGAUGCUCCGCAAGAAGUUGGAGAUGUACCGUGUGCCGCUUCAGCAGCUCAAGAUCAACUACACCGUGUCCACCACCAACAAAAAGGUUUAUACCGAAGAUGAGGACCGAUUCUUGUUGAUCAUGUUGGACAAGUAUGGAGUCGAAGGCGAAAAUUUGUAUGAAAACAUCCGUGAAGAGAUUCGUGAAUCGCCUCUGUUCCGAUUCGAUUUCUUCAUGCUCAGUCGCACGCCCGUGGAAAUCGGUCGCCGCUGCACUACUCUGCUCAACACCGUGGCGAAGGAAUUCGAGCCCAGUGAGGGCAAAGGCCGCGGUCGUGACCGUGACGAGGAGGAAGAGAUGGAAGAAGCGCCCCCUGCCAAGAAGAAGGCUAAGAAUGGAGCUGCUCCGACCAAACAGGUCAAGGCCACCAAGGGUGGUAGCAAGACUGCCUCUGCCGCAAGUUCCCGGGCUCCCAGUGCUGCUGCAAGCAAGUCUAAGAGUCGCAAGAGGUAAUCAUGUGGAUUGAGGGUCCACGGGGUGUGUGUACGUUCCCAGUUUGCU